AUGCUUCCACUCGCAGUCAGUCUGUAUCUCUCGCCCUCUCCCUCUCUGUCUGUAUCUCUCGCCCUCUCCCUCUCUGUCUGUAUCCUCUGUUUUCUCUCCCUCUGUACCCUUAUACUCUGCUCUUUACCCCCCCCAGUCCAUAUAGCCUGCCUUCUCUCCACUCAGUAUCUGUGUCCUCUGUCCUCUCCCCCUCACUGUCCAUAUCUCCUGCCCUCUCCUUCUUACCGUUUGUAUCCCUUCCCCUCUGUUUGUAACCUCCCUUUUCUCUCUGUCAGCAUUCCUCCCCUCCUCUCUCUCUCUUCACAUUCCAUCUCUCUUGUCUCUCACUCUCUGCAUUCCAUCCCUUCUCUCUCACUCUCCCAACACUGCUUUCCUCUUCUCUCUCACAGCAUUCCAUCUAUCUCUCUUUUCUCUCUCUCUCUCCACAUUCCAUCUCUCUUCUCUCUCUCUCUCUCUCCACAUUCCAUCUCUCUUCUCUCUGUCUGUAUUCCUUCCCUCUACUCUCUUUAUUUGCAUUCCUCUUCUCUUCUCUCUCUGCAUUUCUUCCCUCUUCUUUCUCUCUCACCCUUUCUCUGCAUUCCAUCUCUCCUCUCUUUCUCUUCAUUCCAUCUCUCUCUUUCUCUUCAUUCCAUCUCUCUCUUUCUCAACAUCUCUUCCCUCUUCUAUAUCUCUGUCAACAUUUCUUUCUCUCAGUGUGCAUACCUUCCCUCUUCUCUCUCUCUCUCUGUGCAUAUAACUUCCCUCUAUAUCUCUCUCUCCCCACAUACCUUUCGUCUAUAUCUCUCAUUGUCCACAUACCUUCCCUCUAUAUCUCUCUCUGUCCGCAUACCUUCCCUCUAUGUCUCUCUGUCCGCUUACCUUUAUAUCUUUCUCUGUCUGCAUACCUUCCGUCUACGUCUCUCUCUGUCUGCAUACCUUCCCUCUAUGUCUCUCUGUCCGCUUACCUUUAUAUCUUUCUCUGUCCGCAUACCUUCUGUCUAUGUCUCUCUCUGUCUGCAUACCUCCUGUCUAUGUCUCUCUCUGUCCGCAUACCUUCUGUCUAUGUCUCUCUCUGUCCGCAUACCUUCUGUCUAUGUCUCUCUCUGUCUGCAUACCUUCCCUCUAUGUCUCUCUGUCCGCUUUACCUUUAUAUCUUUCUCUGUCCGCAUACCUUCUGUCUAUGUCUCUCUCUGUCUGCAUACCUCCUGUCUAUGUCUCUCUCUGUCUGCAUACCUUCCCUCUGUGUCUCUCUGUCCGCUUACCUUUAUAUCUUUCUCUGUCCGCAUACCUUCUGUCUAUGUCUCUCUCUGUCUGCAUACCUUCCGUCUAUGUCUCUCUCUGUCUGCAUACCUUCCCUCUAUGUCUCUCUGUCCGCUUACCUUUAUAUCUUUCUCUGUCCGCAUACCUUCUGUCUAUGUCUCUCUCUGUCCGCAGACCUUCUGUCUAUGUCUCUCUCUGUCUGCAUACCUUCCCUCUAUGUCUCUCUGUCCGCUUACCUUUAUAUCUUUCUCUGUCCGCAUACCUUCUGUCUAUGUCUCUCUCUGUCUGCAUACCUCCUGUCUAUGUCUCUCUCUGUCUGCAUACCUUCCGUCUAUGUCUCUCUCUGUCUGCAUACCUUCCCUCUAUGUCUCUAUGUCCGCUUACCUUUAUAUCUUUCUCUGUCCGCAUACCUUCUGUCUAUGUCUCUCUCUGUCCGCAGACCUUCUGUCUAUGUCUCUCUCUGUCUGCAUACCUCCUGUCUAUGUCUCUCUCUGUCCGCAGACCUCCUGUCUAUGUCUCUCUCUGUCUGCAUACCUUCCGUCUAUGUCUCUCUCUGUCUGCAUACCUUCCCUCUAUGUCUCUCUGUCCGCUUACCUUUAUAUCUUUCUCUGUCCGCAUACCUUCUGUCUAUGUCUCUCUCUGUCUGCAUACCUCCUGUCUAUGUCUCUCUCUGUCUGCAUACCUUCCCUCUAUGUCUCUCUGUCCGCUUACCUUUAUAUCUUUCUCUGUCCGCAUACCUUCUGUCUAUGUCUCUCUCUGUCUGCAUACCUUCCGUCUAUGUCUCUCUCUGUCUGCAUACCUUCCCUCUAUGUCUCUCUGUCCGCUUACCUUUAUAUCUUUCUCUGUCCGCAUACCUUCUGUCUAUGUCUCUCUCUGUCCGCAGACCUUCUGUCUAUGUCUCUCUCUGUCUGCAUACCUCCUGUCUAUGUCUCUCUCUGUCCGCAGACCUCCUGUCUAUGUCUCUCUCUGUCUGCAUACCUCCUGUCUAUGUCUCUCUCUGUCUGCAUACCUUCCCUCUAUGUCUCUCUGUCCGCUUACCUUUAUAUCUUUCUCUGUCCGCAUACCUUCUGUCUAUGUCUCUCUCUGUCCGCAGACCUUCUGUCUAUGUCUCUUCUGUCUGCUAUGUUCCCUCUCUGUCUGUCCGCUUCCCUUUAUAUCUUUCUCUGUCCGCAUACCUUUGUCUAUCUUUCUCUGUCCGCAGACCUGUCUCUGUCUAUGUCUCUCUCUGUCUGCAUACCUUCUGUCUAUGUCUCUCUCUGUCCGCAGACCUUCUGUCUAUGUCUCUCUCUGUCUGCAUACCUCCUGUCUAUGUCUCUCUCUGUCUGCAUACCUCCUGUCUAUGUCUCUCUCUGUCCGCAGACCUCCUGUCUAUGUCUCUCUCUGUCUGCAUACCUUCUGUCUAUGUCUCUCUCUGUCUGCAUACCUCCUGUCUAUGUCUCUCUCUGUCUGCAUACCUCCUGUCUAUGUCUCUCUCUGUCUGCAUACCUCCUGUCUAUGUCUCUCUCUGUCUGCAUACCUCCUGUCUAUGUCUCUCUCUGUCCGCAGACCUCCUGUCUAUGUCUCUCUCUGUCUGCAUACCUCCUGUCUAUGUCUCUCUCUGUCCGCAGACCUCCUGUUUAUGUCUCUCUCUGUCUGCAUACCUCCUGUCUAUGUCUCUCUCUGUCUGCAUACCUUCCCUCUAUGUCUCUCUGUCCGCUUACCUUUAUAUCUUUCUCUGUCCGCAUACCUUCUGUCUAUGUCUCUCUCUGUCCGCAGACCUUCUGUCUAUGUCUCUCUCUGUCUGCAUACCUUCCCUCUAUGUCUCUCUGUCCGCUUACCUUUAUAUCUUUCUCUGUCCGCAUACCUUCUGUCUAUGUCUCUCUCUGUCCGCAGACCUUCUGUCUAUGUCUCUCUCUGUCUGCAUACCUUCUGUCUAUGUCUCUCUCUGUCUGCAUACCUCCUGUCUAUGUCUCUCUCUGUCCAAGAGACCUCCUGUCUAUGUCUCUCUCUGUCUGCAUACCUUCUGUCUAUGUCUCUCUCUGUCUGCAUACCUCCUGUCUAUGUCUCUCUCUGUCUGCAUACCUCCUGUCUAUGUCUCUCUCUGUCCGCAUACCUCCUGUCUAUGUCUCUCUCUGUCUGCAUACCUCCUGUCUAUGUCUCUCUCUGUCUGCAUACCUCCUGUCUGUCUCUCUCUCUGUCCGCAUACCUCCUGUCUAUGUCUCUCUCUGUCUGCAUACCUCCUGUCUAUGUCUCUCUCUCUGUCUGCAUACCUCCUGUCUAUGUCUCUCUCUGUCUGCAUACCUCCUGUCUAUGUCUCUCUCUGUCUGCAUACCUCCUGUCUAUGUCUCUCUCUGUCUGCAUACCUCCUGUCUAUGUCUCUCUCUGUCCUCCUGUCUAUGUCUCUCUCUCUGUCCGCAUACCUUCUGUCUAUGUCUCUCUCUGUCUGCAUACCUCCUGUCUAUGUCUCUCUCUGUCUGCAUACCUUCCCUCUAUACCUUCUGUCUAUGUCUCUCUCUGUCUGCAUAUAUUCCUUCUAUAUCUCUGUCUGCAUAUAAUCCCUCUUCUCUCUCUCUCUGUCUGCAUAUAAUCCCUCUUCUCUCUCUCUCUGCAUAUAAUCCCUCUUCUCUCUCUCUCUGUCUGCAUAUAAUCCCUCUUCUCUCUCUCUCUGUCUGCAUACCUUCCCUCUUCUCUCUCUCUCUGUCUGCAUACCUUCCCUCUUCUCUCUCUCUGUCUGCAUACCUUCCCUCUUCUCUCUCUCUCUCUGUCUGCAUACCUUCCCUCUUCUCUCUCUCUCUCUCUCUCUCUCUGCAUACCUUUCCUCUUCUCUCUCUCUCUCUGUCUGCAUACCUUCCCUCUUCUCUCUCUGUCUGCAUAUAA